AUGAAUGUUGAUUAUUGGGUUUAUGUUGAUGUUAUAAGGAUCAGCAUGAGCAGUCAACCAUGCUCAUCAAUGAGCUAUUAUUGUAGAAAAUCAUGGUAUGAUACUAAAUUUAUUGGUAAUUUAGCAUUAGUCUUUACAGACAUUAUUGAAUCAAAAUCUAUCUCAAGGUUAAAAAACUGUGAAUCUAAACUAUUUUAUUAUCAAUUUAAUAACCAAAAUAUCGAUUUCCGUUCAUUCCACAUUGGAACAAAGUGGAAUGGUCAAGAAGCAUCAUCGAAAGUUGAAGAAACAGUUAAAAAUAUUAAAGAAGAAAAAGAAAAUCAAAAAUUGAAAACUAUUUCUACAACUAUUAUUUUCAAAGAUCAAGAAAAAGGACUAGAAAAAAAACCAACUCGUUGGCAAAAAAUUAAAAUAGAACUCUUACAUUAUUAUCAUGGUUUUAGGCUAUUAGGAUUGGAUAUGAAAGUAUCAGCCAAACUUAUUUGGAGAAUUCUUAAAGGACAUGAAUUAAGUAGAAGAGAACAUAGAUUGUUAAUUAAAACUACAGGUGACAUGUUUAGGCUUAUCCCAUUUUCUGUUUUUAUAAUUGUUCCUUUUAUGGAAUUUUUACUUCCAAUAGUCAUCAAAAUUUUUCCUGGACUAUUGCCAUCAACUUUUCAAACUGCAACUGAAAAAGAGGAUAAAUUAAAGCAGGCUUUAAAAGUUAAAAUAGAAAUGGCCAAAUUUUUACAAAAGACUUUAGAUGAAAUGGCUGUGCAAUCAUCGGAUCAUCGUUCUGAAAAAGCCAAAGAAUUUGCUGACUUUUUUUAUAAAGUUAGAACAACAGGAACAGUUGCUACAAAUGAAGAAAUAAUGAAAUUUAGUAAACUAUUUGAAGAUGAAAUUACAUUAGAUUCAUUGUCUCGGCAACAAUUAAUUGCACUGUGUAGAGUUUUAGAUGUUCAAACACUUGGUACAACAAAUUUUUUGAGAUUUUUAUUAAGAAUGAAAUUGAGAAGCCUUGCUGCAGAUGACAAAUUGAUAGAAAAGGAAGGAGUUAAUACUUUAACGAGAGCAGAAUUGCAGCAAGCAUGCAGAGCUCGUGGUAUGAGAGCAUAUGGAAUGCCAGAACAAAGAUUAAGAGAUCAAUUAUUUCAAUGGCUUGAUUUAAGCUUGACUAAGAAAGUGCCUCCUUCAUUAUUACUUCUUUCUAGAGCAUUGAUGGUGCCAGAAACAAUUCCUAUGUCUGAUAAGUUAAAAGCAACUAUUUCUGCUCUUCCUGAUUCGGUUGUGACAUGCACUAAAGGAGCAAUUGGUGAAAAAGAGGGAAAAUUAGACCACAAAACUAAUAUCGAAAUUAUAAAAAUAGAAGAAAAAAAGAUCGAAGAAGAGAGACAAGAAGAGAAAGAAAUCAAGCAAAAAGAAAAGAAAGAAAAUGGUAUAAAACCACAGACUAUUGAAGUUGGACUAUUGUUGAAUGAUGAUAAAAUUACAACGAAAGACGUUAAAGUUUUAGAACAAGCUCUAGAUUCAAUUGGAAAGGAUAAAAAAAAAAUGUCUGUAGAAAAGGAAGAAUUAAAAGAAUUAAAAGAAGAAAUGGCUGAAUAUCAAGAAGAUAUACAGGAAUUGAAUCAAUUAAAGAUAGAAGCGAAAGGUUUAACAAAUAUAGACACUAUAAAAGUAUCAAAGGGUGCAAAAAGACUUUUUACUAAAGUAAAUAAAAUGAUAAGUAAAAUGGAUGCUGUUCUAUUGGAAUUAGAACAAUCUGAAAAAAGAAUUAAAGAAGAAAUAAAUGCGCUUCCUAGUGAAAAAAAAUCCGAUUUGGAAGUCACUGCUGAAUUAGUUAGGAUUGAUGAACUAAUUGCAGCCAUUAAACAAAUUCAAAAUGUUCCAGAUAACCAUCGGUUAACUCGAAUCACUGAAAUUCUUGGUAAAAUUGAUGAUGAUAGAGAUGGUGCAAUAAAAAUUGAAGAUGUACUUAAGGUCAUAGAGUUAAUUGGAAAAGAAGACAUUAAAUUAAGUAAAAAUCAACUGAACGAAUUGAUUGAAUUAAUGGAAAAAGAAGAAGUACUUGAAGUAGAAGGUCAAAUACAAAAGGCUUUAAAAAAAGAAAGUGAAAAAUUAAAAAAUGAUAAACAAGAAGAGAUAUUUGGUAGAGAUAAAAGUAGUUCAAACUCUACAGUUCCAUUUACAUCUAUUGAAAUUAGAACACAAGCAAAUAACAUUGAUGUAAAUACUAAUACGAAUACAAAUAAAAAUUUUGUUCAAUCAUCUACAAUAGACAAAAAAAAAUCCGAUAAUUCGACGAUUUUAAAAAAUUCAAAAUCUAUUAAUAAAACGUCGAUAGGAUCCAAUGUUCCAUCAACACCAAAAAAGGCUAAAGAUUCCAAACAGUUGUGAUAAAAAUAUUUCUUUUUUUUAAUUUGUAGCAUGGUUUGUGCAUCCAUGAUUCAUAUAAGAACAAUGAAAGUAUUUAACAUUUGGGUUUUCUGUUUAUUGAAAAGUGAAUAAUUAAAAAAUU